AUGAAUGCUGUCACUAUGAAACUGGACAGCACACAACAUUCUAUUCCAGUCUGUAACGAUAAACCAAAGGAAAUUUUUGCCAGCAAAAAAUGUAAAAAUGUGAGAAAAAAAUCCAUCCUUCUCAGCUCUGACAAGGACGCCUUGCUAAGUAAUCAUGGCCUGGGACGUAAAUCCGGUGACAUAGUCAAUAAUCUUAUUGACUCUAAUAAAUCUAAUAAUUCAGCUGAAUCAAAUUCAUGUAAAAAAGUACGAUCCAAAAAGGUCAUUUCAAGAACUAACGAUAAGAUGCUUGCGAAAUCGGAUUCGAUGCAAGAACGCUUAAAGCAGUACCUAAGCUCUGAUGUCAAAGAAAAGAUUUCUUCCAUUUUGAAUGAAAUUAGAGCAUUAACAGAUGUUGAGAAAUUGUUUCUUUAUUUGCAAUUACCAACUGGAGCUUCUUAUGAAGUUGAUCCUUUAAAGCAGAAAACACAAAAUCCUUUAGGCAAAAAAGCAGAUGAAGAAGGGAUGAUAGCUGUAACAUGGAUUCAAAGUCAUUUGGAAGAAGAUCCUGAUGUUUCCCUCCCCAAGCAAGAAGUAUUUGAUGAGUAUCAGUCUUAUUGUCAUAUCACUGGCACUGAACCCCUUUGUGCAGCUGAUUUUGGUAAAGUUAUGAAACAAAUUUUUCCUUCUGUAAAACCAAGAAGGCUUGGAACCAGGGGAAAUUCUAGGUAUUGUUAUAGUGGGUUACGAAAGAAACUUGUAUUGAAACCACCUAUUUUGCCUGAUAUAAAUGCAGAAAAAGAAAAUUGUGAUGCUCUAGAAGGAUGUGAAACAGAUGAUGUACUUUCAGCUUCUUGCCAUCUUCUUUUCGAAUGGGUAGAAAAACUUCUUGGAAUGAAAUUUGAAUCAUUAAGAGAUUUAGCAACUCAUCUUUUAGAAAAUAUGUAUGUUGAUAAUAGAUCAGUAGCAGCCUUUACAGUUCUUUUAGAUUCUUCACCUCAUUUACUUGAAAAAGGUUUUCCUAAUUCAGAUGGUGGAGUUAAAAAAAGUGAAGCACAGAUUCAUUUACAACGCAAAAUACAAGAAAAAGAGCAUAUCAAAGAACAGAAAAAGAAACUUCAAGAGCAGCAAUCAAACUUAGUUUGCUUAAAUAAAGGAAAAAUUCUUUCAAGCAAGAAAAAAAAUUUGAAAUCAAAAAAGCCAAAAAGUUUUCCUUUGCCAGCUGAUAUAGUUGAUUUCCCAGAGGAUAAGGAGUCUGAAAAAAUCAUAUGUCAGCCAGAAAGUCAGUUGCAAAAUUCAAACUCAGCUGAGAUUCCAGUUAAAGAAGAAGACUGUGAACUUGAAGUUAUUCCUAGUACUUUAUGUGAGAGUCCAUCUAAAUCCGAAAUUAUUAAGGAACAGCUUUCUCCCGAAAAACAGCCCAGUCCUUCGCAGAGUCCUGGCUACCAACAAGACAUUGAAGAUUCUACCAAGAAAAAAAAUAAAGUACUAUCUCAUAGUAAAACACCUGUGUGUAUUGCACAGAGCUUGUCCAGUAUAAUCAUAGUGCCCUCAAUAUCCCACCUUCCUGAAAUGGGUAAACAAACUUUGACCCCUCAAAAAUACAAACGAAUUCAGCCAAAGCCAUCGAGCAACGAGUCUUUUUCUGCUGCUGUGAGAACAAGAGCUGGAUCAUUGGGUUCUUCUUCUAUCAAACCAAAAAAUCGUUCUAAUGACGGGAGACGAAGUUCCCAUGCAUGGCUCCAGAGUGAUUCUAACGCAGAAAUUGAUGAUAGUUUUUCUAAAAGAAGUUUUGCAAAUAUUUCCAGAUCGAUUUCGAAACCAGCUAUUCUUAGUAGGAGCAAAAAAAGUGCUGUCUGUGAACAGGCUACCCUAAAGGAAAAUUUAGAAUUUUUGUCCGAUUCUUUAACUUCUAGUAAUGAAGAAGUCAUGCAAAAUGUUUCUGUUAACGAAAAGCCCAACCAAACUGCUACUGAGCUUAUUAUGAAGAAUAACAGCCAAGAGCACUUCGUCGAAACUUCUGUUUGCAGUGAAGAUAACAAUGCUGUGAAACGGCAUCUGGAUGAAAGCGGUGGAAAUAUUGCAAAUAAACGGUUACAUUUAGAUGGUAACAUUUCUGUGAAUAAAGACAACAUUUCAUGCAAUGCUUUAGUACAAAAUUCCUUAAACCAACGAAGUACUUCGAUUGAAGAAGUUAGUGUUUAUGAAAUUGAGGGGGAUGCCUUGAAUGAUUAUUUUCGAGGUUCCAACUCUCAUACCUCAGUUUUUAUUCCCACAAAAAGAGAAUCUAAGGAAUCUGAACCAAGCAAUUCUUCCAAUAACAAAGUUGAACAGUUAUCCCAACUUCGAAUAUUAUUAGAACAAAAUCUUCCUCGUGGAAUUUCAAAGACUGUUAAAUCCCCUAAAAAUCAAAUGGUUUCUUCCUCAUCUCCUUUAGUUUCGGAUGAAAAUGUCUUAUUGUCCCACCAAAUGAAAUCCAUCAAUUUAAAUAGUAAAGAUUUGUACUCAACUCAAAUGCAAGAUUUAAAUAAGUCUGUGUUUUCUAAUAGCACUUUAGAGAGGGAAAUAAACAUUGAACCUAUGUCUGAUAAAAAUGCAGAUUUUAUAAAAAGUAACAUGCAUAUUGAUACUGUAGAGAAACUUUUAUCUUCUAGUGAUUUAAAUGCCCAAGUUGGUUUAAGCGAUAACGAGGAACUUUUAUCUAAUUCCAAUAUAUUUUUAAAUUCCACUAAAAGUGAUAUACAAAUGGACAUAAGUUCUCAGAAUGGAUUAUUAGACAUGAAUAAAACUUCUGAUAUUAAUGAUUCUUUGCUGGCUUCAAAUGUGAUAUCAAAUGUAGAACUUUUGUCUCAGCAAACAAACCAUAUUUUGCAUUCUAAUCGUGUAAGCACUUACACUCAAGUACCUUCUGUACCACAGAGCCCCAACACCAGAAGGCGAGCUUUCAAUUUUAUGCCCAUUUCUCCUAGACACACACCUGUACCUGAUACUGCUUGCCCUGCAGUUUCAUUGUUGUCAUCACCUGUUCCAAAUCAAUAUCCCAGAAAUAUGAUGUCCACGGCAGUUGGUCCAUCUCAGCCGCCUAGUAAUGCUGGAAGUCCAUUUGUUUCCCCAAGAUCUACACCAGUAUCUCUUUGUCGCUCACGACACAGCUCUGGCCAAAGUACCUAUAGUGCUUCUAGACACACACCUUUCCAAAAUUUUGAUUCUGGCGUUUCGUCAGUGUCGACUUCCCCCUUUAUCUCUCCCCAACCUACACCCGUUCCAAUUGGUAGUAGACUUAGACACAAUUCAAGUCACGGUACUGGUAAAACAGUGACAUUUUGCUCUAUUAAUAGUCCUCAAAUUAUCCACUCACAGUCUGCAAUAAAUGUAGGACGUACAAGGCAUAGCUCAGGUCCUGGAGGUCCUCAUUUGCUUGGAUCCUUAUAUGCUCCAAGAAGUGCUCCUUUGUCCCCGUUAGUCAGUGACCAGUGUCCUCCAUCCAGUUUCAUGUUUCCCUCUGCAAGUGAAUCAAGAUCGCGCCAUAAUUCUGGCUCUAAUACCACGUCUUUGUCACCACUGUCAGAGCAAGCAUCAUCUUCUUCGAGUAGCUGUACAAGCAAUCUCCCAGAUCUUUCCAGUACUACAGAUACAGUGCAAUCAUUAUCUCACUCUUUCAUAAAAGAUGGUGCUGCUGACUUGUUGAUUAGCGCCAAUCCAACCUUCAAGCAAGUGCGUCAACGCCAUGCGUCCGGCUCUGUUAUUUACACCAAACCUUCAUUAAUUAUGAAAGACACAUUCUCACCAGAAGUCCAGAGUUUAUUGAAGAAUAACGUUGCAGCAGGAACCGAAUUCAUGCUGAGCAAUCGAAGCCAAUCUGUCCCUCUUCACCAAAUGUUACAGAAUUUGGACACAUAUUGUUUUCUGCCACAACCAGUUGAAGAUUCAUGUCCCACCAAGUCGCAUCCAAAUACACCAGUAAUGAAUCAGAUGUUUUCUUUCCCUUCUCUGAGUUCGACACAAGAGAACCCUUCUCUUAUCUUGAGUGGUGAUGUCCUCAAUUGUGAUAAACCUCUUGUUCAAAGUUCGCAGAUGGAGUGGUCCGGAUUAGAGCCCACAAGUGAUUUGGAAAUGAGCUCUGCACGUCGCAACUUGGCUCCUCUCCUUGAUGGACCACUCAGUGAUGAUUUACAAACUACACUGGAAGAUCUGAGAGAUUGUGAUACAGACUUCUCGAAAUUUGCCCAGGAGUUGGAGCUGAGCCAAACUGAAGAUGGAAGUCUCUAA